AUGCUGUUCUUCAGUUUCUUCAAAACCCUGACCCAACAGACCGUCACGGUCGAACUGAAAAACGACAUUUCCAUCCGCGGCACCUUGAAGUCCGUCGAUCAAUACCUCAACAUCAAACUGGACGAUAUCACAGUGCUAGAUGAACUGAAAUACCCUCAUCUGUCUUCCGUGAAGAACAUCUUCAUAAGAGGGUCGGUGGUAAGAUAUGUACACCUGCCGCCUGAUAAGGUCGACCGGGGGCUUUUGGAGGAUGCUUGUCGAAGAGAGGCCAUGAGCCAAAAGGGAAAAGGGACUUGA